AUGGGUCACUUCAAGAAGGAUUGUCCGGAGAUUAAUGGUAACUCCGCACAAAUUGUCUCUGAGGGUUAUGAGGACACAGGUCUACAUCUAAUUCAAGUUUGUGAUUUGAAAAUGAGUAGGGCUCUAGGGUUGAAGAAAGGACCAUGGACGCCAAAAGAAGACAAGAAGCUUAUAGCAUAUGUUACUCAACAUGGCCAUAGAAACUGGCAUUCUUUGCCCUCUAGAGCAGUUCUUAGAAGAUGUGGAAAGAGUUGCAGACUGAGGUGGAUUAACUACAUGAUUCCAGAUAUAAAACGAGGAAACUUCAGCUCAGAAGAAGAUCACAAUAUUAUUCAGCUUCAUGCACUUCUCGGGAACAAAUGGUCCACAAUAGCAGCUCUCCUGCCAAGGAGAACAGAUAAUGAAAUAAAGAAUCAUUGGAACAUUAACAUCAAGAAAAGACUCAUCAGAAUGGGGAUAGAUCCCACCACUCACAAACCAAAAUCCAACAACAACAACGAUAAUGAUAAUACUGCUAUCAAACACGUGUCUCAAUGGGAGCAUGUUAGAUUGGAAGCUGAAGCAAGAUCAACAAUGUUAGGAAAAACUCAAACUAAACUUUUACUAUCUUCAUCAAGUUCAUCAAUGUUAUCACUAACCAAACACAACAAUGCAAUGUAUAACAUUUGUGCCAUCAUGCUUGCAAAUAAUGAUGACUCUUUUUCUUCAACAUCCACAUUGAGCUUUUCUAAUGAGCUUCCUUGUCUUACCAAUGAGUUGAAGUUUGGAGAAGGCUUAGGAUCAUAUGAGAGUGUUAGUAAUAAUAAUAUCAUGGAAACUAUUGCUCAAGAUCAUGUUUAUGUGUCUAAAUUAUUGCAAGGUGAUGAUUAUCUAAUGGUGGCAUUGGAUGCAUUUGGAGAUUCUUUCAAUGGUGACACUUUCAUGGACUUCAAUGGAAAUGGAAUGUACAAUUUUGAUGCAAGCUUGGCAUUUUUUGAGUAAUUUAAUAGUCUUCUUGUACGUAGGCACGUGCUCUUUAAUAUUCUCCACUUUAUUGAA